CCCUUCCCCACCCCCAGAUCCGCCGACCCAGACCCCUUGCUGCGAUCACUCAGCUUAAACGUCGCCUCCCCGCUAUCCCUCCGCCCAUCGUCCUCAUAGCUCUGCAUCAGCGGCCUGAGAUACGGAAUCACGCACGACACCACCGUGUAGCCGAUGGCGAGCUGCGUCGCGCCCUGGACGCGCGCAAUGUGGAUCGCGGGCGUGGGCGCCGCGUCGCUGACACAGAUGAAUACGAGUCGCACGAGCGUGAUGACGAUGUUCGGGAUCCGGUACGCGAAGGCGCCGACGACGGUGUAUUUCGCCCGCGCGCUCAUGCUGCGCGAGUACACCAUGUGGAUGCUGGCGCCGACCAGCGCGGCUUCGAGGAGCGCGUCGGAGACGGCGAUCCAGAUCCAGCGGGCGCGCUGGGGUUGUUAGCUGGUGGUCUUGGAUACAACACUGAGCGCACGGCGAAGAGAAGCGCAGCGAAGCAAAGCGAAGCAAAGUAAAGCAAAGCAAAUCAAACCGAAGAGACGAAAAGCGAAUCGAGGAGACGAAAAGCGAAUCGAAGAGACGAAAAGCGAAGAGAAAAGAAAAAGGCAACCCACAUAUCCCUUACACCCCCCUCCCCCCCCCUCCAAACCCCUGACACCC